UUGCAUCUCUUCAUCUGAUCCUUCAUUUGAUUUGUCGCUAAAUAUUAUAUCAGUAAUGAAUAACUUUCCGGGAAAUACCAGUUUACUCGAAGAACUGGACAAGAAGUUGAUGGUUCUGUUGCGCGACGGACGGACACUCAUUGGUUACUUAAGAAGUAUCGAUCAGUUCGCAAAUCUAGUUCUUCACCAAACCAUUGAACGAAUAUAUGUGGACAACAAAUAUGGAGACAUUCCUCGCGGGAUAUUCUUGAUUAGGGGAGAGAAUAUGGUUCUCUGCGGAGAAAUUGACACCAAAAAAGAAACACCAGAUUUGGUAAAAGUGGCCGUCGAAGAGAUACUUGAAUUACAACAAAACCAAAUCGAGGAAAAACAAAACAAAGACAAAAUCAGACUCAAAGCACUUCACGAAAGAGGACUUUCCUCUCACGUCGAGUCCAUUGCUGACGACUUUUAAUACUUUGUAAUCAUUUGUUUUAUAAAUCAUUAUUUUCUGAUUUUUCAAAAAUUAUGUCAAUUGAUGUGUUAAUUAAUCCGUAUUAUUAUUAAUCUAUAU